AUGGAGAACGAGAAGGGAGAGAUCGUCGAUCUCUACGUCCCCCGCAAGUGCAGCGCCACCAACCGCAUCAUCAAGGCCAACGACCACGCCUCCGUCCAGAUCUCCAUCGCCAAGGUUGACGAGAACGGCCGCUACACCGGUGAGAACCACACCUACGCUCUGUGCGGUUUCAUCCGUGCCCGUGGUGAGAGCGAUGACUCCCUGAACCGCCUUGCCCAGCGUGACGGCUACGUCCGCAACGUCUGGACCGCUGCCCGUCAGCGCUAA